GGGCCGCCGUGGUCCCUGUAGCGUUCCCAGCUCCCGGCCCUCCGCGGACUGCGCGCACAUGGCGACCCAGGCGCACUCCCUCAGCUACGCGGGGUGCAACUUCUUGCGCCAGCGGCUGGUCCUGUCCACCCUGAGCGGGCGCCCGGUCAAGAUCCGGAGGAUUCGGGCCAGGGACGACAACCCAGGCCUUCGAGAUUUUGAAGCAAGCUUUAUAAGACUGUUGGACAAAUUAACUAAUGGUUCUCGAAUUGAAAUCAACCAAACGGGAACAUCCUUGUAUUACCAGCCUGGCCUCCUGUAUGGUGGGUCUGUGGAGCACGACUGCAGUGUUCUCCGUGGCAUUGGCUAUUACCUCGAGGCUCUGCUCUGCCUGGCUCCAUUCAUGAAGCACCCAUUAAAAAUCGUCCUGCAAGGAGUGACCAAUGACCAGGUUGACCCUUCGGUUGAUGUUCUUAAAGCAACAGCACUCCCUCUAUUGAAACAGUUUGGGAUUGAUGGCGAGUCAUUUGAGCUAAAGAUCUUGCGACGGGGAAUGCCUCCUGGCGGAGGAGGUGAAGUGCUUUUCUCGUGCCCUGUAAGGAAGGUCCUGAAGCCCGUUCAGCUCACAGACCCAGGGAAAAUCAAGCGAAUCAGAGGGAUGGCGUACUCAGUGCGCGUAUCCCCUCAGAUGGCAAACCGGAUUGUGGACUCUGCCAGGAGCAUCCUCAACAAAUUCAUACCCGACAUCUAUAUUUACACAGAUCACAUGAAAGGCGUUAACUCUGGCAAGUCUCCAGGCUUUGGACUGUCACUGGUGGCAGAGACUACCAACGGUACCUUCCUGAGCGCUGAACUGGCCUCUAAUCCCCAGGGCCAGGGAGCAGCAGUUCUUCCUGAGGACCUCGGCAGGAACUGUGCGAAGCUGCUGCUUGAAGAAAUCUACUCGACCAACCAAAGUCUAGUUCUGCUGCUCAUGACCCUUGGACAGCAGGACGUUUCCAAAGUGCUGCUGGGACCACUCUCCCCCUACACGAUAGAAUUUUUGCGGCACUUGAAGAGCUUUUUCCAGGUUAUGUUUAAAAUUGAAACAAAGCCGUGUGGUGAAGAACUCAAGGGUGGGGACAAAGUGCUGAUGACCUGCGUUGGUAUUGGCUUCUCUAACCUCAGCAAGACUCUCAAGUGACACUGUCGCAACAUAAGGCUCCGUUGUGUAUGGAUGAAGCAGAAGCUGCGAAGGGCCAAAGGGACAAGUCCAGAUAUGACCAUCCGGGACAGGACAGCCUCGUAACACUGAGGGCUGAAUUACUAAUUUACCACUGAAAAUACUGAUGUGCAGAUAAAAGACAUCUCUACCAUGUGACCUCCAGCUGCUUCUCCAGUGACAGUGGCAUUCCUUAGAUGCCCACGCUGUGAGCCUCCCAACUCACCUGGAGGAGGGGCCCUCAGGAAGCAGUCAUGCUGCCAGAACACUCCUGUGUCUUUGGACUGUGGUUUUGUGCAGGAUUAAUGCCGCAGUGAGUGUGGAAGCCCUCUGUUGAUCGCAACAAACCCUGAGAAUGCUGGGAGCUGGGGCAUUUGUUUAUCUCCUGUCUUGUGAACAAGUUGUGUGGGCACAUGCUGAACUUCAUCUGGUACACUGUGUUUGCAAGGUUGGGAUGGGGAGGACAGUUAUGGGUGUCUUUAGAGGUUUUAUGUGUCCCAGGUAUGGCAUAAAUUUUGUUUUUAUUCUUCUAAUAUCACUAGAGUAUAAAUUAUUUC